GUUAUAAAUUGUUAAUAUUUUUGUCAACUUGGUAGAGAUAUUAUCAGCUAUGGCAUUUUGGUAAAAACAGCUAUUUAUUUAUUAAUAUUAUUAUUAUUAUUAUUAUUAUUAUUAUUAUUAUUAUGUUUUUUUGUUUGUUUGUUUUUUCCAUAAAAUAGCAUUCUGUUGUGGGGAUGCCUGUCGCUCUCCUAAACUUAUGUUUCUUUCUGUUGGUGCUGAAUCUAGAGUCUGCAGUCUCUGUCUGUAACGUUACAGUGCAUACGUUGAAUUUCGGAUGCCAUCUUAAAUGGGAUUGCCCUGAUGCCAGUCCAAAUACGACUUACACUGUCUUGAGCAAAACACAAGGAACAUCAUGGACAAAUGUUUCAGGCUGCUUCCAGAUUUCCCAGCAAAGCUGUGAUCUGUCAAAUGUCUUUCCAAGCGUACACACGUUGAACUUCAUUAGACUGACAUCUGAAUUUCUCUGGCUAAAUAAAACUUGGUCCUGCAACUCUGUUGAUGACCCUGAUGCCAAAUUUAGCAUGCCUUCCGUAAUAAUCUCCAUGGAACAGGGAAGUGUUUGGGUCACGGUAAAUUUUCCUUGUGCUCCAGCCAAAAGCUGCUCCAUUGAGGAAGAGGAGGAGAUGGAUUGUUGCCCACUAAUGGAGAUUAAAAAUCUCAAUGCCACAGUCACUCUAUACAACGAACAGAACCCCUCAGACAGACAGGCAUACACAGCUGAAGUGAUCAGUGAACACCCAUUCAAGGUGGAAUUUGGUUUUCUUACAUCAGGGCAAGUGUACUGUGCUGUGGCCAGCUUCAAAGUUGAGGAUGUACUGGCCUCUUCUCCCACGAGCUUCCCACAGUGUGUUUACAUACCAGCAAAAAACGAAAGCCUCAUCGUCGUAAUUUUGUGCGCUGUUCUCAUCGCUCUUGGCCUAGUAAUUUUUCUGCUGAGGAGACAGUGUGAGACGACAUCUGAACGUCCUCUGCCCAGAUCUUUGGCUUUACUUCGAGACCUGGAACUUCAGAACGAGACAGUCAUUGACAGUAAUGUUGCACCACACAACGAGGACUCUGAUGGUGACUACGUUUCUGUUGUAUCCAUUUCUGACUUCACACUCAUGAACAACCAGUCAUCUUACUACAACACCCAAAGCCUGGGCAAUGGCUAUUACACAAGCCCCAUCCUGCACAAUCCAGACUGCACUGAGGAAUCUGUGGAGUCCGAUGAGUUGAACACAGAAGUCCAACACGACGAGUUCCAUGUGUUACCAUCACAUCCAGUUCUAGAAGCAGAGAUGGGAUGUGCAUAUCAGAAUCAGAAUAUUUUACCGUCACUCAGAGACAUCCCUCUGAGCUCGGUACGAGUGAAACACACUCAACAGGACGAGAUAUCAACUGAAGAUCCAGAGCGGACUGAAGAUGUCAUAUGGGGAAAACUGAACAUGAGACCAAUAGAAGACAUCCAGUCGAACUGAAACCACUGAUGUUUCUUUUCAAAAGGUUGUAUACAUUUAGGUUCAAUGUAACAUUUUUUAGACUCAAGAUACAGAUUUGCUUUGUGUGUAAAUUUUAAAACCUGCUUUCUUUGGUGCUAUUAAUUUGCGAUUGUGAUUCUGCCCUUUCGCCCACUAUUGUCAUUGCUAAAGUUGCAGUGAAAUGGAAGUAACAACAGAUCUUUUUGAGGUAUUGUGAUGUACAGCCAAAUGUAACUGCUUAUUGAAAAAAAAAAAAGACAAGGUGCGAUGAUAAACUGGGUUAUCAUCACCUGAACAUCAGUUUACAGUGUUAUGUUUUUUUGUUUUUGUUUAUGUUUAUGAUGUGAUAUGUGUAUGGAGUCAAUGUCUAGUGUUAAAAUUGUGUUUUUCCAUAUAUGUGACCCUGGAUCACAAAACCAGUCAUAAGGGUCAAUUUUUCAAAAUUGGGAUUUAUACAUCAUCUGAAAGCUAAAAAAAAAAAGGUUUCCAUUGAUGUAUGGUUUGUUAGAUGGGACAAUAUUUGGUCGAGAUACAACUAUUUGAAAACCUGCAAUCUGAGGGUGCAAAAAUACUAAAUACUGAGAAAACGCCUUUAAAGUUAUCCAAAUAAAGUUCUUAACAAUGUAUAUUACUAAUCAAAAAUUAAGUUUUGAUAUAUUUACAGUAAUAAUUUUACAAAAUAUCUUCAUGGAACAUGAUCUUUACUUAAUUUCCUAAUGAUUUUUGCCAUAAAAAAAAAACUAUAAUUUUGACCCAUACAAUGUAUUUUUUGCUAUUGCUACAAAUAUACCCCAGUGACUUAAGACUGGUUUUGUGGUCCAGGGUCACAUAUAUAUUACAUUUUCAUAGUUGGGAUUACCUGUGCAGUACUGUGUUUGGGAGGAGAGCAUUUUGAUGACCUGAAAAUCCCAAAUUUCUUUAAUUAAUGGUUAUACCAUUUAAUAGGCACUGGGAUUAAUGUGAAUGUUUGGAUGUGUUAACUGUCUUAUUCGAAACGAACAUUGGUUAUGUCUGAUUAAUUGUAAUAUUCCUGCUUUUGAUUAUCUGAAUGUGUGUGUUGAAUGUGUAUGUUUUAAUACUAAUGUUGAACUAUCCUCUGUCAUGGGUCUUGAUCCACCCGUUAAUGGUUUGCUCCACUAGUGUUUGACUGGAGGGUUGAAUAUACAGGGGAGGGUGUCUGGGUGUAAAGGCUACACUCUAAAAACUCCUGGGUUAAAUACAACCUAUCGCUGGGUGAAAUAUGGACAUUCUCAGCGAUUGACCCAGUGGUUGGGUUAAAUGUUUAACUCAACCUUCUGGGUAGUAACCCAACCACUGUGUCAAAACAACCAAAUUUUGUAGUUUGUCCAUAUUUUACCCAGCACUGGGUUGUAUUUAACCCAGCAGUUUUUCGAGUGUAGUCUGUCCACGGGAGGCCCAGGUCUUGUAUGUGAAGUCAAAUGCUGGAAUGUCUUAUAUGAGUGUCAGCUUGUUUCUCGAGGCUAGUGCCCAGGCCUUGUUUUGCUGCUUUCAGCAUGUUUUAUUUUCAUGCUUCAUACAGUUUAUUUUGAAUAUUUUGUUGAUUUAUUUUUGUUUAUUUUGAAAUUUGGUUGGAGCACGUGUGAUGAGACAGCUGUCAUAAAUAAAAUCAC